AUGUGGUUGAUGCCUCUACCUCCAGCACGAUUCUCCUUUGCUCUUACCGUCGACAGAAUGCGCAACGAACCCGACGACAUCCGCAAUAUGGACGCGGAUGGCCCGGACGAAUAUACCUCCCUCCUCCCCACGCCUAUCGACAUCGACAGCUCGCGGGGUCUGCUCGACGACGCACAGUCUAAAGAUGAAGAUGGGCCAAACCGACGUCUUAUCAUUGAAGAAUUCUGGCAUCUGCUCAAGGGAUCCGUUCCUGUGAUCCUCGCCUAUACACUCCAAAACAGUCUGCAGACUGCAUCCGUGCUCAUUGUUGGCCGCUUGUCUCCCGAACACUUGGCAACAUCUGCAUUCUCUCUUAUGUUCGCCAUGAUCACUGCGUGGAUGAUCGCGCUAGGAGGGACGACGGCGCUGGAUACUCUGGCGUCUUCGUCGUUCACGGGCAGCUCGAACAAACAUGAUCUUGGCAUUCUACUGCAGAGGGGAGUUUUCGUGCUGACCCUUUUCUACGUGCCUGUUGCUAUCCUAUGGGCGUCUUCGGAGCAUGUAUUUCUUCUCCUGGGCCAGGAUUCAGAUCUAUCCAAGGAUAGUGCUCGGUUUCUCACCUGUUUGAUUCCGGGAGGACUGGGAUAUAUCUAUUUCGAGUUGAUGAAGAAGUAUCUGCAAGCGCAAGGGAUAAUGAGGCCCGGGACCUAUGUCCUUCUGAUUACGUCUCCCUUCAAUGUUCUCCUCAACUACCUCUUCUGCUACACCUUUGAGAUGGGUCUUCUCGGUGCCCCCUUUGCUCUAGGCAUCUCGUACUGGCUAUCAUUCGCCCUGCUAGUCCUCUACGCCCGCUUCAUCGCUGGUUCCGAAUGCUGGGGCGGCUGGUCCCAGGAAGCCUUUAAAAAUCUCAGAACCUUCGCCCGUUUAGCUUUCUUGGGGAUCAUUCACGUUGGCACCGAGUGGUGGGCCUUUGAGAUCGUUGCGCUUGCAGCUGGCCGGCUGGGAACCAUUCCGCUCGCCGCACAAAGCGUGAUCAUGACUGCGGACCAGGUCCUCAAUACCAUCCCCUUCGGCGUGGGAGUCGCCACAUCUACACGCGUCGGUAAUCUGCUCGGCUCGCGCAGUGCGACUGGAGCGGCCAGGGCGGCAAACACGGCGGCCUGGCUUAGCAUGCUGCUCGGCGGGGUGGUGCUGGCUGUGCUGAUGGGAACUCGACAUGACUUUGCAAAGAUCUUCAACUCUGACGAGCGUGUUGUGCAGUUGACUGCCGAUGUUCUGCCGUACGUUGCGCUUUUUCAAAUUGCUGAUGGGUUGAAUGGGAGCUGUGGGGGCAGUCUGCGUGGUAUGGGUAGACAGCAUGUUGGGGCGAUGGUGAACUUGGUGAGUUACUACUGCGGCGCUCUGCCGCUGGGGAUCUGGCUUGCAUUUCAUGGCUGGGGGUUGAAGGGACUAUGGGUGGGACAGUGUAUUGCGCUUUACCUUGUGGGCGCAUUAGAGUGGGUGAUUGUCGUGCUGAGCAACUGGGAUAAGGAAGUGGACCAGGCGUUUCAGAGGAUGGAUGUCCAUGAGCGUCUUGAGACAGGGAUCUAG